AUGGCGGUCGACGAGUGCAGAGAUCCACGUUGGCUAUCGUGGUGGGAAGCUAAUGCCCCGAAGAAAGAGAAACACGUCCAAACACACACCAGAAACUUCACUUAA